AUGAAGGGAGAAGAUGUGCUGGUGACCGUUCAGCAGGGAACACUACGAGGAACCACAGCCACGAGCGUCUACAACACCUCUUACACGGCCUUUUUGGGUAUCCCGUAUGCCGUGCCGCCAACCGGGAAGCUGCGUUUCCUGGCUCCUCAGCCGGCAGGAAACUGGGAAGGAGUACGCAACGCCACCCAGUACGGCAGCGACUGCGUCCAACAGGACGGCAGCGGCUCCGAGGACUGCCUCUACCUCAACGUGUACGUGCCGGGCGUUCCACAGAAGGGCGGCAAGCUACCUGUGAUGUUCUACAUUUACGGUGGCGCAUUCAGAACUGGUAGUGGUUCCGACCAGGAAUACGGCCCCGAUUUCCUCGUGUCCUACAGUGUCAUACUCGUCACGGUUAAUUACCGGCUGGGGCAGCUAUGUUUUCUGAGCACGGGAGACGCUGUCGCCCCUGGCAACGCGGGCCUCAAGGACCAGAGGCUGGCGUUGACCUGGGUACAGAGAAACAUUGCGCGCUUUGGCGGCGACCCGCAGCGAGUCACCGUAUUCGGACAUAGCGCCGGUGCGCUGUCUUCCUGUUACCACUUCAUCUCGCCACAGUCCUCAGGUGAGCAAAACUUCUGA